UAUCAAGAUAUAUUGAUAUAUAGUAAGCUAGUAAGCUUACUAGAGGACUACUGUAGUAAUAAUGAUUUGAGCAUUGUUGGUUACUUUCACGCCAAUGAGCGCUUUGAUGAUGCCAAACUUGGAACUGUCCCAAAGAAUAUUGUUGAUCACAUCCACCAAUAUUUUCCUCAGGCUGCUUUGCUUCUGUUAGAUGCCAAGAAGCUCGAAGCUUUACUCAAGGGUAAAGAUAGGAGUCCUAUGAUGCAGCUUUAUACAAAAGACGCCUCCAGGACCUGGAAACUUGUAGGAUCUGAUGGAAAAAGUCAAUUUACUUUCAAGGAGCCUAUAACAAACACAGUUCUUUUGGAUUGUAUUUCAUCAGAGAAAUGGAAAGGAAUAAUAGAUUUUGAUGACCACCUCGAUGAUAUUAGCAAGGACUGGCUCAAUAAGGAUCUCUUUAAAUGAUAUUUAUCUUCUUGGAAAGAGCAUUGUAUUUACAUGAGGUUGGUUUAUUUGCAAUCUGUGCCCUUAUUAAGAAACAAUUUGGUAUGAUCGGCCA